UCAGAGCAUCAACUUUGCAUGACUGAAGAAAGCCAGAAAAUGUCCUACCAGAUCGUUUGGAUGAUUCUAUUCUGGCAGCAGAUGACUGCUUCACAGGAAGGGAUAUCAAUCCAACAGAGCCUAGCACAGAUCUUUCUAGCCUCUGGAAAAACUGCAGAGAUAGACUGUAAGCUUUCAACAAGACGACAGUACGUGUACUGGUACAAAGAGCUUCAGAAUGGAAGUUUGCAUGGGAUUUACCAGAGUUAUAAGUUUGCUGCACCUCCACAUGAAAAAUACUCGAGUAAAGCGAACAUUCAGGCAAACAUGUUUACUCUGAUCAUAAGCAACGUACAAAGAAAUGACUCGGGGGUGUAUUACUGUGGCCUUGCUGUAUAUAUAAAUCCCAACUUUGGGACUGGGACCAGGCUGAUUGUCACAGAUGCCUCCGAGCCGAGACUUUCCAUCCUGGUUCCCUCCACCCCAGAGGAUGCUGAGCUUCCCCCUGUCAUUCCUCUGCUCUGCCUGCUCUCUGAUUUCACUCCUCCCUGGAGUGAAGUUCUCUGGGACACUGGUGAGGAGGCAUCUGAGGGUCUGAUGGAUGCUGGAGCCAUAGAUGGGGAAGGGGUCUUUAGUGUUUGGAGCCUAACGACAAUCCCUUCUGAGAUGUGGAAUCAGGAGAUGACCUGCACUUGUACAGCCAAGGAGAGCAGCAUGGGGAGAAGCAUCAAUGCUACAGUCUCCAAGGAAACAGAUGAGGCCACGAAAGAAAACUGCAAUUAUGUGUUAUAUGUUGGGCUGUCUUGUAUUUUCAUCCUUGUCGUCAUCCAGCUGACGAUCCUGCUCUUCAGAAAGUGUCCCUCCAGAGCAGGGAGAGCUUUGCAAACUGGGAAUCAAAUACCUAUGAGGCACAUUCCACAGACCGAGUAUGCAGCUGUGAGGUACAAUAAAUGA